UACUGUUCAGUAAGUUGCAAAAUAGUCUUAAAACCCAACUUAAAAAUGUGCUAAUUGUGAUAAGAUUGUUGAUUGCGAUCAUGUCUGAAAAAAAAAAAAAAAGAAAAUGUGAUAUAUUUCAUAUCUGGAUCCAUUACAAUUAGAAGGCUAAAAAUUACAAUGUUUGUGUGUAAAUGUACCUUAGAUAUGAUCUAAACAUUAAGGACAAGUUGUUGGCCUUGCAUUCAUCAUUGAUAUUAGUGACAAGCAUCAAGUCCCCACUGAGGUAUGUGAAUUUUGUUUGUGACCACUUAUGCACUUACAUCAGAUGUGAUAGAGUCAGUAUUCUUUUAGUUUCUACCGACACCUAUUGGUGUGGAUAUAGUAUCACGUAAAACCAAUUUCAUGUCUCUCAUUUGUCUCUUUUGAUCAGCAAUUUUACUGCUAAAGUUGAGAUGAAAGAAAAUAAUUAUAAGUAAUUGUCAUUAUGCAGCAUCGGAGUGAGCGGUAGAUGGGUUGGUCAGUGUGAUUCAGACACUGUAUAAAUGAAAGGACAGUAAGGAGAGCAGAACAAACUCCUAACAGGAGGAGACUCACUCAUGGCCUAUGAGACAGAGGAUCAUGAGACUCAAUACUGCUUUCCUGCCAUCAACUCAUCAUGUAUCAAGGGAAAACGCUCCAGACAUGAAUACAAUUUCAUGUAUGUUUUUUUUUCAUUGCUGUCAGCAUGGACUGUGUUUCUGAACCUGCUGGUGAUCAUCUCCAUCUCUCACUUCAAGAAGCUUCACACUCCAACCAACCUGAUUAUUCUCUCUCUGGCUGUGGCCGACCUGCUUAUGGGACUUAUUGUGAUGCCUGUAGAGGCCUUUAAACUGAUUGAGACGUGUUGGUACUUUGGAGACACUUUAUGUGCAAUGUUUAUGGCAGUUAUGGGGGUGCUUCUCUCAGCAUCUCUCAGUAAUUUAGUUUUAAUUGCCAUUGAUCGUUAUGUGGCUGUGUGUCACCCUUUACUGUACCCACAGAAAAUAACCACAACUAAAACCUUAAUGAGCAUCUGUCUCUUCUGGUCUUGUUGUUCAGCUUAUAACUUUGCCAUUGUAAUAUGUAACGGAUAUUUUGACACACCACACAGAACCAAUGCAUGUUACGGUGAGUGUAUUGCUGUGAUUAGUUCUGCUUGGAGAUUCACUGAUUUGACUUUUUCUUUCGUAUGUCCUUGUAUGGUGAUCAUCACAGAGUAUUUGAGGAUAUUUUAUGUAGUACAUCAGCAGGUGAAAGUGAUAAACUCUCUGGUGAAGGGUAGUAAAUGUGUAAUGGAAGUUUCAGUGAGGAGAAAAUCUGAGAGCAAAGCUGCUCUGACUUUAGGAAUCAUUGUGACGGUUUAUCUGUUUUGCUGGAUUCCAUACUAUAUCUCGACUCUAACUGAAAUUACAGUUAACACUUUCACAACAGUAACAUUUCUAUCAUGGACUUUGUAUAUUAACUCAGGACUAAAUCCUCUUAUCUAUGCGUUAUUUUACCGCUGGUUUAAAAUAUCAGUUAAACACAUCUUUACUCUUAAAAUAUUGGAGCCAGCAUCCUCUUUCAUGGAUAUUUUUACAGAUUAUUCAUGAUUUUUGUCUAGGGUUGUGUUUUUUGUUUGUUUGUUUGUUUGUUUGUUUGUUUGUUUUUUUCCAGCUGAUAAAGCACACACUUAAAGUGUAGUUCUGUAAAGUUUGUGAAGUGGAUGUAAACACAAUUGAUAUCAGAUAUCUUUCCAUAAACACAUUAACUGAAAAAAGUGAGGUAUUUUAAACAUGUUGUAUAUUUAAAUUAAAUGAAAUAGUUACAAUUAUUAUGUUAUGUACUAUACUCAUGUGUUUCUUUCUGACUUCUUGAUGGCAUACAACAAAGUGACAAAGCUGUCUCAAAUCGGACAAAAAAUGUUAACCUGCAUGCAGUGCUUCAAGCCAGACAGUGAUUGGUCUGUGCAGCACUGCAUGAA